CUCAAACACAUCAUCAUGGCUAAGGAGUGUCCAAUCAAGUUGGCCAAUACUGGCGGCGGUGGCACCCGCAACUUCGACUGGUGGCCAGACCAGUUGAGGUUGAACAUCCUCCGCCAGCAGACGCCGGUCACGAACCCGAUGGGUCAGGACUUCGACUAUGCUGAGGCGUGGAAGAGCGUAGACUACAAGGCGUUGAAGGAAGAUAUUCGCCACGUCCUCACAACCUCGCAGGAGUGGUGGCCGGCUGACUUCGGGCACUAUGGCGGGCUCUUUAUCCGAAUGGCAUGGCACUCUGCUGGUACAUACCGCGUGUUGGACGGCCGUGGCGGAGGUGGCGGCGGCCAGCAGCGCUUUGCGCCACUCAACAGCUGGCCCGACAACGUCAGUCUUGACAAGGCCCGCCGGCUAUUGUGGCCCGUGAAGCAAAAGUACGGCAACAAGGUGUCUUGGGCAGACUUGAUGCUGCUCACCGGAAACGUGUCUCUCGAGGACAUGGGCCUGCAAACUUUCGGCUUUGCUGGUGGUCGGGCAGAUCAGUGGGAGGCUGACGAGUCGGUCUACUGGGGUGGCGAGACCACCUGGCUCGGCAACGAUGUUCGCUACUCUCAAGGUCACGAGGGUUUGGCCGAGGGCGGCGUUGUCGACGGUGACAUGCACAAGGUUGAUGCCAAGGAUAUCCAUUCCCGCGAUCUCGAGAAGCCAGUUGCUGCAUCUCACAUGGGCUUGAUUUACGUAAACCCGGAAGGCCCUGACGGUAUUCCCGACCCGGUUGCGGCUGCCCGUGACAUUCGCACCACGUUCGGCCGCAUGGCCAUGAACGAUUACGAGACUGCAGCGCUCAUUAUCGGCGGUCACACAUUCGGCAAGACUCACGGUGCAGGCUCUGCUGAUCAUGUUGGCAAGGAGCCGAUGGCCGCCCCCAUUGAGAGCCAGGGUCUUGGGUGGAACAGCAAAUACAACAGCGGUAGUGGCCGUGACACUAUCACCAGUGGUUUAGAGGUCACCUGGACGAAGACACCAACCAAGUGGAGCAACCACUAUCUCGAGUACCUCUUCAAGUUCGAUUGGGAACUCACCAAGAGCCCUGCCGGUGCCAACCAGUGGGAGGCGAAGAACGCAGACAACAUGAUCCCUGCGGCAGACGGCGACCCGAACAAGAUGCAGAAGCCGCGUAUGUUGACUACCGAUCUGUCCAUGCGCUACGACAAGGAGUACGAGAAGAUCUCGCGCCACUUCCUCGAGCACCCAGAUGAGCUGGCAGACGCUUUCGCGCGUACCUGGUUCAAGCUCCUGCACAGAGACAUGGGUCCGCGGACACGCUGGAUCGGCCCUGAGAUUCCUAAGGAAAUCCUGCUUUGGGAGGAUCCAGUGCCGAGCGUCGACCACGAGCUUAUCAGCAGCGAGGACGCCAACCAACUAAAGAAGGAGAUUCUCGGAACCGGCAUCGAGCCAACCGAGUUCAUCCGCACUGCAUGGGCUGCCGCAGUCACCUAUCGUGGCAGCGACAAGCGUGGCGGUGUCAAUGGUGGUCGCAUCAGGCUUGAGCCGCAGAAGGACUGGGAGGUCAACAACCCGGAGCAGCUCAAGAAGGUCAUCAAGACUCUCGAGGAUGUUCAGCAGAAGUUCAGCAGUGGUGGAAAGAAGGUGUCGUUCGCCGACCUCGUUGUGCUUGCCGGCAACGCUGCCGUGGAGAAGGCCUCCGGCAUUUCGGUUCCUUUCACGCCUGGCCGUACCGACGCCACCCAAGACAUGACCGACGUCCAGUCAUUCGAGCACCUUAAGCCAACGCGCGACGGCUUCCGGAACUAUGGCAGCGGCACUGACCGUGUUCGCACCGAGCAGUUCCUUGUCGACAAGGCCCACCUGCUCAACCUGACUGCCCCAGAAAUGACGGUGCUCAUUGGUGGAAUGCGCGCACUCAAUGCCAACUGGGACGGCUCUAACCACGGUAUUCUUACCAAGCGCCCUGGCCAGCUCACACCAGACUUUUUCGUCAAUCUUCUCGACAUGGGUGUCAAGUGGCAGCCAACCGACAACAAGAACGAGCUGUUCGACGGUAUUGAGCGCAAGAGCGGCGAGAAGAAGUGGAUCGCCACUCGUGCUGACCUGGUCUUCGGCUCGCACGCUGAGCUCCGCGCCAUUGCCGAGGUGUACGGCAGCGCUGGCAAUGAAGAGAAGUUCAAGCAUGACUUCGUGGCUGCGUGGGACAAGAUCAUGAUGAAUGACCGCUACGACGUGUCGAAGCAUAAUAAGACGGGCGUCUACCAAGCUCGCUUGUAAGCUACCGCACGUAUCUUCACGAGAAGGCAGCAACGUUGCAUGAACCUGCUUACUGUAAAGUCGAUUCCGUACAGUCGGGAUGAAAAUGUCAAUCACACUUACCGUCCUUUCAAUCGUACGCAAGUGCCCUGUUUGACAUGUUACAUUAUGUUUUCGAAUGCACACAAAGCGCUAUGCCACCCAGCACAAAGGCCAUGCCUAUCCAUGUAUC